GUGGUGCUUUUAAUAUUGGUGGACCUUUGAUAUCUUUGGUAACUUUUGUAAAGUGGAUUAAAGCAUGGAUGCUUAGUCACGGGGCCAAUACACACAUAUUAUCGUUAGAAUAUGGUCUUUCACCAGAACAUACCUUUCCAACAGCACGUGACAAUGUUUUGAAUUGUUACCAAUGGUUAGUCGAAGAAAAAGGAAUUAAUCCGUCCAAGAUCGUUUUUGCUGGUGAUAGUGCUGGUGCAAACAUUGCCAUAAUAGCUGCCUUGGAACUUCUUAACAAUCCAAUAGCCUACACUGUUCCUCUACCAUCAAGCUUGCUUCUUAUUUCUCCUUGCUUCUCGGCUCUCACUACCUCACAAACAUUCAAAACAAAUUAUGAUUGUGACUUGAUAAGCAAGUAUUGGUUCGAUGUCUGUUUAGCAAACUACCUAGGUAACUCUAACCUACUCCCAACAUGUCCUCUAAUAUCCCCGUUAUUCAACCGUAAUCUAUGUGGUUUACCUAAAAUGUGGAUAUGUGUUGGCUCUUACGAAGUAUUCCUGGAGGACGUAUCAUCAUUCGUUGAAAAAGCCAGAAGCCAAAAUAUUGGUGUUGAAUUUGUGGUUGAAGAAGAUAAUAUGCAUAAUUACGCUAUUACAUGGCCUAUAUCAAGAAAUGGUGGUGCGCAAAAAGCUGUUAAAUACAUGUCUCAAUUUUUGUUUGGUGAACAGUCUAUCGUUUAUCACUUGUAA